AUGGGUCGAGACAGCGUCAGACCGAACUACCGCGUCGUAGUUCUGGGGUCAGCAAGCGUGGGAAAAUCGUCCAUUAUUAGCAAGUUCAUGCACGACAGAUUCUUACAAAGUCACAAAGAAACUAUCGAGGAAUUACACAUACAUGUGAUGCGGUGCGACAACGUUUCUGUUGAGAUUGAUAUUCUUGACACGUCGGGCUCUUAUCAAUUCCCCGCGAUGCGCAAACUUGCCAUAGCAACCGGCGACGCUUUUGUACUCGUUUAUUCAGUUGACAACAUGUCAAGUUUUGAGACUGUGAAAAUGUUACGUGAUGAAAUUCGAGAGCAGAAAACAAAGGGAAAAUAUUCCAUCGUCGUCGUGGCUAACAAGGUCGAUUUGGAACCAUUUAAGGACACAACAUGUGCGGUGACUGAAUCAAUUGUUUGUAUAGAUUGGGAGGAGAAAUUCGUUUUUGCGUCCGCAAAAACGGGCGAAAACGUUCACGAAGUAUUCCGGGCUUUAGAGAAUAAAAUUAUCGAGCGAAUAAAACUUGAGGAAAAACGCCUGAAUUUCAUCCGCCGGAUAUCAAUGCCUGUCAUGCGUAUCGCGAAGUCCGAGAAAUCCACGGUCGGGCUGAUACAAACUAAAAGCAGAGCACAUUCAAUGGAUUCAUAG